UAAUAUUAAAUUUUUUUUCAGUCCUUUCACAAAGACAACACAGAUAGUCUGGUUUGGCUUUUCAUGAGUAAAAAAAGGGGAUGGAGGAAGGGAAGGCCAGGUGAAGGGUACCCUAAAAAAAUUUCAGUACAGGCAUACCUCGUUUUAUUGCGCUUCGCUUUACUGCGCUUCACAGAACUGCGUUUUUUUUACAAAUUGAAGGCAAGACCCUCUAACAGAAAAAAUAUUGCCACUCGCUUCACUGCAAGGGUCUGGAACUGAACCCGCAGUAUCCCCGAGGUAUGCCUGUAUGGAGAAGGCUUGAUGAGUCAGUCCCUAAACUAAAGAACAACUGAAGGGGAAUCUAAGUGCACAGGGCAGCGACGCAGGUGAAGAUACUUAAAGUUGGCGGUAGGAAAUGAAAACUUCACAGGUUCUAGUUACAACCACCCCUUGCCAUAACUUUUGACCAACAUUUGGAAAAACACUGGCCAGGAAAAAAAAUGAUAAAAUUUUUCCUCAUGGUGAAUAAACAAGGGCAGACCCGACUCUCUAAGUACUAUGAACAUGUGGAGAUCAAUAAGCGUAUACUUCUGGAAACAGAGGUUAUAAAGAGCUGUCUCUCUCGAGCCAAUGAACAAUGCUCUUUCAUUGAAUAUAAGGAUUUUAAGCUGAUAUAUCGGCAGUAUGCUGCUCUCUUCAUUGUGGUUGGAGUUAAUGACACUGAGAAUGAGAUGGCGAUUUAUGAAUUUAUCCAUAACUUUGUGGAAGUUUUAGAUGAGUACUUCAGUCGAGUGAGUGAAUUGGAUGUAUCCUUUUUCAGUGCUAUGAGCCAGGUUUUCCACAGUACUUGGCAAAACUCAAGCUGGUCUUUAUCAGGAAUGCUCUCCUUUUCUUCUCUUCUCCCUUUUAAAUCAAAGUAUCCAAAGUAUCCCAACAACAAGCAUGACUUGCUUAGAACACUGUGGGCCUGCAGGUUUGGGCAGGAGCCCACUGGGUUUUGUGUAAGUAGUCUGGAGGUGAGUUGACAUUUAAGUUAAUUUUUCCUUCAAAAAUGUGCUUACCACCUGGAAGCAAUAAAUAAGAGUCCUUUGGGAAAGUACCAGGCUGAAUCUAAAAUAGUAACCUUAACUAUACCAAACAUAUGUUAAUUGUAACAUGUGUAUGUAUAUGCAUACAUACAUGCAUUUAGACACCUAUGCCCAGAGUCAGUAUAGUCUGGAAAAAUGGCCGUUUGCCUUUUACUACUGAUAGAAAAUGUCAUCAUGUUGAUAGACUUCAUUUGCAGGCAGUAUUUGGAAGCCUUUUUAAAUGAACUGGGAAAAUCUGAGUGCCCUCUAGUGGUGAGUGACCUGAGUCUGUGGUCCCUUUGACCUAGGAGAUCCAAGCCCAGGCUGUAUAUCAGCAUGUAACAUUCCAUUUUAACCAAGCCCUUUAAAGCAUUCCAAAAUAAGCCUCUUCCUCCUUGUAUAGGAGAACAAGAAAUGCCUCUUGACUUAAAAAGUCAUCAGGAAGUUAGGGAAAGCUGGUAGACACUUCCCUGGGAAUGCAGAGCCCAAAUUCUGCUUCCAGCACUGCCACCUGCCAGCGUGUGUGUCGGCAAGACACACAACCACUCAUGGCAGAUUUAGAUUAGAAGAGCUUGAAAAUCCGCUCAGCCUUAAUAUUUGAUGUUGCCACGACUCUAGGUAACUGAGCUGAGUUAUCUUACACCUGGAACAGGAGGAGAGAGUCUCACAAGUUUAGACAUUCAGAGAGUUAAAGUGAAUCCGAUGUGACAGGGUAUGGAGUGCAGCUGGACUAGCUGUGGUGAUGUGUCUCAUAUAUUGACUAGGUAUUUAUUAGAAGUAGAGAUGGGUUUGCCUUUGUAUCUCUGGUGUAUAGCAUAGGUCCACAUAAUGAGCUCCAGCAUUCUUGUUUGAAUUUUAUUUCCGUACUGAGGCACACAAUUUGUACCUUUCCCCUCGCUUAGUUUCAUUUUGCCUUCUCUUGCUCUGACCAAUUUACUUACUGUCCUGAGGAAUUACUUAAGCAUAUCCAUCCGACAGAUCAUUUGCAUCUUUUAGAGAAGGGAACUAAGUCUUUCUAGGUGUAAUUUCAUGGAAAUCUCUGAAGCUCUGAAAGUGGAGCAGGUGACAGGCCAGGCAGGGCCUGGGGCACCUGUCUUCUGCUGACAUUCUUAAAGCUUUUGUGUCUUCAGCCAUCUAAAAACAAUCAAAUUAAAAACCCACGACUCUACCGUGCCUCAGACAUAGUUCUUUUUUUACCUGUCAUGUGUGUGGGGAGUACCUCUA